AUGUCUCAAGCUAUACACAUGUUUACCUUCUGCGAUCCUUCCGACAACUUCACUCAAACCAGCUCAUACGAAGCAAACCGCGACAUAGUCCUCUCAACUCUCCGCGACAGUUCCUCUCUAGGGACCUUUUCAAAUCCCACAAUCGGUAUUAGCCCCGACACUGUCCAUGGAAUGUUCCUCUGCAGAGGAGACAUCACCACAGAAUCUUGCGCACUUUGCGUCCAAACCGCAACAGUCGAGAUCGGUACAAACUGUAGUCUGAACAAAGUAGCGUUCAUAUACUAUGACGAGUGUAUGGUUCGAUACUCGAAUGUUUCCUUCUCCUCUGAAUUGGAAAUCAUGCCAGGAGCCGUUCUUUACUCUCUACGUUCUGCUCCAAACUCGAAUCGGUUGAAUCAAACAUUAUCCGAUAAAUUCAACCAACUGAUUCAAAACGUAUCUUCUUCCUCUUUGAUUCCGUAUUUCGUGAAGGAUCAAGAACGUGUGAUUCAACCAGAAGGUUCUUAUGAGUUAGAGUCAAUGGUUCAGUGUAGUCCUGAUCUUGAUCCAUCAAAAUGUACCGUUUGUCUCAGAAAUGCGUUCUUAAGAGUUUCAACUUGUUGCCGUUCACCAAGUUUUGCUCAGAUUUUUAUUCCUAAAUGUCUUUUGAGGUAUAAAACCGUUUUGGCAUCACCACCGUCUCCGUCUCCGUCAUCUCCGCCUCUUCGAUCACCACCACCUCAUUCAUCACCGGCUGAAUUAUCGCCGCCUCCUUCUUUUUCGCCCAUGCCGCAACCGCCGCCGCCCUUGGUUUUAACGCGGCCACCACCAAACGUUCCUAGCGGGUCGACUUCAUUUAAGGUUAUAAAAGGAAAAGAAAUAUUUGGGAGAUUUGUUGUUACAAUUACAGCUUUGGUGUUCGCACUUGUGGAGCUGUGA